AUGACCAAUUCAACAAAUUCCUCGGAUAUUAUUGGAUUUCUGCAAUUGUUAACCCUACAACGUGAGUUUAGUGAAGCUUUGAUUGGACUUAUUAGGCAUGCGGAAAAGGAACAGUAUUUUCAUACAAUUAUCUACGCUAGUUGUGAAGAUGAAAUGCUAUGUCAUGAUUUGCUGCCAGUACAUGACAUAAACACCAUAGCUAGAGGACUGAAUGUUCCCAUGAUUCAAUUGAAAUGGAAUGUUUCUUUACAUUUGUGGUCCUGGCUAAAUAGAAAUGUUUUUACUUUAAUGCCAAUGACAGGUGUUGGAAUUAGUGAUGAAGAAAUCCUUGGAAACCUUUGGAAGAUAUUGAAGAACAAUGUCAAAUCCCGUCUGUUGCUAUUGUUUGGAGGCACAACAACGGAUGAAUAUGUUUGGAGAAUUUUGAAAUUUUGUUGUGAUCAUAAGGCAAUAAAUGUCAUGGGAUUAAAGGAAACUUUUUUGGAAACGCAGAUUUUCUACACACCCAAGUUAUUUCCCAAAUUUGAAAUCAUAUCGAGAACAUUUGAGACUCUGUCGUCCCAGAUUCUAUAUCGCGAUCAAGUCAGGAAUAUGUUUGGGUUUCCUUUGCGCUUAAGUCUAAGCAGUAAAAACAACAGAGCCUAUCUUUUGCAAGAAGCAGGUGACAAAUGCAGAAUAGGUGGCCAUCUCGGGCAUUUCUUCGAGGAAUUCGCUAAUGCUCAUAAUGCUACCAUAGUAUUUCCUGAUUACAACCUAAACACCAACUUUAUAGUAUACGAAGAAUUGGAUGAAUUUUUGGAAAAUGGCACCUUCGAUAUGGUUAUAAAUUUAUACCUCAGUAAUCUAGAGGGUGACUUGCUCUUCAGCAAUAUUUACGAUUUCGAAGACUGGUGCAUAAUGGUCCCAUCGGAGAGACUUAUUCCGGCCUAUAUGUUCUAUGGCCAUGUUUUCAGUCGUCUCAUUGCUUGUCUUAUUCUGAGCAUUAUAGUCAUUUUGACUGGCUUAGUAGCAUUUACAUAUUGGCUGGAAGGCUCUUCACUACAUUUAAAAAAUGUCAUCUUCAAUGUCUUUAACGGAGUGCUUGGACAAUCAUUUCAAAUGGAUGCCCGAUUUACUGGAGUUCGCAGUUGCCUGUACAUGCUGGUUUGCAUACUAGGCAUUAUAGUUAAUACCACCUAUGUAACGUAUCUGCAAACAUUCAACACCCGUCGUCCUGCUGAGAAGGCUUUAAAUACUUGGGAUGAUAUUCGUGAAACUGAAACGCAAUUGGCCAUAUAUGUGGGUGAAAUAGCUUCGGUGGCAUAUUUUGACAAACGCGUUUUGUCUGGGGUGAAGUUGAAAAUAAUCUACACUUACAAUCAGUUCUUUGAACUGAGAAACGGCUUUGACACGCGCUAUAUAUAUCCGGUGCCUUCACCGCAAUGGUCUCUAUAUGAUGAACAACAACAAUUUUUUUCCAGGCCCAAGUUUCGUCUCACCAAUAUUUGUUUUGUUAAAAAUUCUGGCUUGAGAAUACCCAUGCAACCUAAUUCGAUGUUUGAGGAGGCUGUCAAUUUCAUGAUUGCUCAAAUUUUCGAAACUGGCCUUUUAACCUAUUGGAAAACUUUGGCAUUUAUUGAGGGUCUUCGAAUGAAACGAAUCACCUUGGUCGAUAACAGCAGAUUGCAGGUCUUUGAACCGAUGAAGGUGGAAGAUAUGAAGUUAUUCGCUUCGGUCUACAUGACAAUGAUUGCCAUCUCAUGCCUUUGUUUUAUUGGGGAAAUAUUCUGGUCCCAACGAGGACCAGACAAAUAA